AUGCCAACCUUCCAGAUCGUCGGUGCAAAUCCUGAUGCACUGGAGGCAGCUGUUGUGAAGUACAAUGCAGCAUCGUCGCCCUUUGUGGGCCAGGGCCGGAAGCUCAGUGAUGCAUCACCUGCCCCACAGCAGGCUGCGCCCACCACCGCUGCCAGCAAGGGCGAGUUUGAGGGGGUGGAUGCGUCAGCACCCACCACCACCCUGCAGAUCCGCCUGGCAGAUGGCCACCGCCUGACAGGCACCUUCAAUGUUACGCACACCGUCGCAGACAUCCACAGGUACAUCAGGAGCGAGCAGCCAAGAUGCGCAGACAAGCAGCUGAUGAGCGCUUACCCCCCAAAGCCACUGACAGACGAGAACGCCACUUUGGAGCAGGCCGGCCUGCUCAAUGCCGUCAUCAUUCAGAAGCCUUGA